CUCUUCUGUUCUGUUCCAGGCUGAUGGAAAACUACACAUUCAACAGCAUCACCCUGCAGCUGGAGGGGUUGAAGGUCACAGAGGUCUCUGUGUACCCGGUCUUUUUCUUCUUCUUGCUCUCCUACCUGCUCAUCAUCCUCAUGAACGUGGGCAUCGUGGUCCUGGUCUUCAUCGACGAGAACCUGCACCAGCCCAUGUACCUGCUCUUCUGCAACCUGCCCGUCAACGACAUCGUCGGGAACUCCAUCAUGGUGCCGCGGCUGCUCUCGGACAUUUUGCGGCCGCCGUCCGAGCGCCUCAUCAGCUACUACGAGUGCGUGCUCCAGGCGUUCACCUCGCACAUGUUCGGCACCACGUCCCACACGGUGCUCAUGAUCAUGGCCUUCGACAGAUACGUGGCCAUCUGCAACCCCCUGCGCUACGCCGCCAUCAUGACCAACAAGACGGUGGUGAAGCUGACGGCGUCCGCUUGGGGCGUGGCCUUUGUUCUGGUCGGGAUUCUGCUCGGCCUGACCAUCCGGCUGAACCGAUGCAGGACUCUGGUCACGAACCCUUUCUGUGACAACGUCUCGCUGUUCAAGCUCUCCUGCGAGAGCGUGUUCAUCAACAACAUCUACGGCCUCACGUUCACCGUGGUGCUGUUCUCGUCGUCCAUCGGCAGCAUUGUCCUCACGUACACGCAGAUCAGCGUGGUUUGUCUUACCAGCAAGAACAAGUCUCUGAACAGCAAGGCCCUGAAGACCUGCAGCACUCACCUGGUGUUGUAUCUCAUCAUGCUGAUCAGCGGCUUCAUCGUCAUCAUCCUGCACCGAUUCCCCCAGUACUCAGAGUACAGGAAGCUGUCGGUCAUUUUGUUUCACCUGGUCCCCGGCAGCCUCAACCCACUCAUUUACGGCGUUCAGUCAAAAGAGAUCCGGAAAUUUCUGUUGAAACUGUUUCAGCCUAAGAAAGCUGUACCUUUAUGAUCAUUUUAAACACAGCAAAUUAUGAAAAUGGAAGAGUAGAACAUUUUAAAGUCAGAAUUCUGAUUCUAAAUUUACUUUUCUUUCUUUCAAAAAGUCUUUUUUACCUGUGGCCUAAUACUCCUGUCUGUAAAUAUGCCAAGAACGUGGCUUCUUUUUGCCUGAAUCCUGUACAAAACUAGUGUGGCGCGGGUAGGCGAUAAAGUAAGAAAUUAUUAGAAGCUCGACAACGCCACCCCGGGAAUUUCACCCAGGGAAUUACUAGGUAAUAUUAUAAAGGCACACAGUUCGGGUUACUGAGGGGGCAAGAGACGUGGUUCCAAGUUAACAUAUGUUUCUUUUAUUAAACAAUAAUCCUAAAAACUUCAAUAAAACUCAUUCACACCAACAAAAAUGGGGGGAAAAGAACCUUAACAGGGCUGAGGCCAAAGUGAGUGGACGAAGGCUAGGGCAGGGGAGGGAUCCACCAAAGAAAAACACCACAAUAAUCACCAAGCACACGUGGCAGACCCUCUCAGUGACGAAAACCCGCUCCCAGGGACACAGCAAGACAAGACGGGAGGAUGCCACCACCAGACCACCAGCACCACCACCACCGGCCUAC